AUGGCGGCUAUUCCGGACAGCAAACUCCCUUCCGACCACGUCUCGGACGAUGGCGUCGCAACCUCCUCCCCCGGCCAUGCGGUGCCAAAUUCCAAGCUUGAGGUCCCGGCCCUAGUGGCGGCCAUGACACCAGAGUAUCGCGCGGAAGCUGAGAAGAAAAUGAGGAGAAAGAUCGAUCUCAGGUUAAUGCCCAUGGUCAUUCUCAUGUACAUCAUGAAUUACCUCGAUCGCAACAACAUUGCGGCCGUGCGGCUCGCUGGUCUCCAAGAUGAACUGGAUCUGUCAAGCACUCAGUACCAGACUGUGAUCUCUAUCCUCUUCGUUGGGUACAUCCUUAUGCAGAUUCCUUCGAACCUGUUCCUCAACAAGACCGGCCGCCCUGCAAUCUACCUCCCGACGUGCAUGAUUAUUUGGGGUGUUAUUUCCGGCGCCACAGCUGGAUGUCAGGGUUUCGGUGGCCUUGUGGCUUGCCGUUUCUUCCUCGGUUUCAUCGAAGCUGCGUACUUCCCCGGCUGUCUGUUCUACCUCUCGUCUUGGUACACGCGCAAGGAGCUCGGCCUCCGCACCGCGAUUCUGUACUCUGGCUCUCUCGUCUCUGGCGCCUUUGGAGGCCUCAUCACAGCUGGAAUCACUGGCAACAUGGACCACACCCGUGGCCUUCGCGCGUGGAGAUGGGUGUUCAUCAUCGAGGGCGCCAUCACGGUCGCCAUCGCCUUCAUUGCCUUCUUCAUUCUUCCCAACUUCCCGCGCACCACCACCUGGCUUACCGAGGAGGAGCGCCAGCUCGCCGUCUAUCGCCUGCAAGAGGACGUUGGCGAGGACGACUGGACCUCAUCCGAGUCGCAGUCCUUCUUCCACGGCCUGAAGCUCGCCCUGCUCGACAUCAAGACCUGGAUCUUCGCCCUGAUGCUCCUCGCCAACGUCAGCAGCGCCUCCGUCACGAAUUUCUUCCCGACCGUCGUCAAGACCCUCGGAUACGGUAACGUGGAAACUCUGCUUCUCACGGCCCCUCCAUAUGUCCUUGCUGUCAUCACCACCUUCUGCAACGCCUGGCACGCCGACCGCACCGGCGAGCGCUUCUUCCACAUCACCCUCCCCCUCUGCGUCGGCGUCGCCGCCUUCAUCCUCGGCGCCGCCACCCACUCCGUCGCGCCCCGCUACGUCGCCAUGAUGCUCAUGGUUCCCGGCGUGUACACGGGGUACGUCGUGUGCCUGGCCUGGAUCUCCAACUCGAUCCCGCGCCCGCCCGCCAAACGCGCCGCCGCCCUCGCCUUCAUCAACGCUAUCUCCAACUGCAGCUCCAUCUACGCUAGCUACAUGUACCCGCAGCCAAAAGGGAAGACGCAGCCUGACCUGACGAUUCCGCUCAGCGUGGACUGUGCGACGGCCGCGUUGGCGAUCAUUUGUGCGAUGGUGAUGAGGAUUAUUCUGACGAGGCUGAAUAAGAGGCUGGAUAGGGGGGAGCAUGUCGAGGGGGCGAUUAAUGCGGUGCCGGGCGAGGCGCAGGAGCAUGGGUUUAGGUUUUUGACGUGA